AUGAGCUCCACCCUCAACUAUGCACUGGUGCGGGAGCCCCGUCUCCUGGACAUUGUGGACGAUGAGUGGGCAGCAGAAACCCUCCCGGAUGAUGACAUCGAGCUGCCUGCGGGCCUGAAGGACCUGUCGGACUCGAGCGAGCUCGGUGAGGCCGGCGUACCGCCGGAGCCGCAGGGCUGGGACGAGCUGGCCUUGAGUUCUUUGAAUUGA